ACGUAAACGUACGCAGGAAAAAGAAAUUUGUAUUAACCUAAAAAUAGUAAAAUUCAAUUCCUUAUUCGUUUCAGGGUUUCUUCUUAAUCAUUCCCGAUCUCCGAAUUUUGGAUUUUCCUCUUAAAUUCGGAGCUGGGGUUUUACAAUUCUUCAUCUCUAGAUUUAAUAAGGCUUCAACCAAGAUAAUAUAAGACGGAGUUCGCGAAAUGUUAGUGUUGAAUCGGAAGGGAAUAGAUUUUGUCGCUUGUUUCAAUUCAUUGUGUGAAUGGCAUCCCAUAGAAUAACAAUUCCUGUUUAGGGCUUAACGCCGGCCCUUUACAACCCCUCCUAUCAUGGUACAGGGGUUCAUUUGUGUAGUGUGCUACUUAAGGUUGUAGUUUAUAUUGGGAGUGUUAAGAUUUCAACAUGUUUUCAAAGAGUGAUUCCUUUUCAAGAUUCAUGGGAAUCGGCUGCUGUAGUUGUUUUGGAUUCAAUGUGCAGUCACAAGAGCAUUUGUUGAGCGAUUAUGAGUCAGAUGAUGGAGGUGAUUAUGACUGUGAACGUACUGAUAUGACUAACGGAAGUUAUGCUGAGUUGCAAAGCCCCUCUAAACGAUCUGAACAAAUUAUAUUAUUUAGAAUUCAAACUGGAAAGAUAUGCAGGGAAAUUCCCGUGAAGGAAACACAUCUGGUUGUUCGCUCAGAGGAUGAUAGUGGAAAUAAAAUGGUUAACGAGUAUGUUCGGGAGUUUAAGAUCGGAUCUGGUAGCUACGCCAAAGUGGUUUUGUACCGAAGUACUAUAGAUGGAAAACGUUACGCCAUCAAGGCUUUUCACAAGUCUCAUCUUUUAAAACAACGAGUUGCGCCUUCAGAAACCGCCAUGAGUGACGUUCUUCGGGAGGUUUUAAUCAUGAAAAUGUUGGAUCAUCCCAAUAUAGUCAAUCUCAUUGAGGUGAUGGAUGACCCUAACACUGAUCAGUUCUACAUGGUUCUUGAAUAUGUGGAAGGCAAGUGGGCUCCCGAAGGUUCCGGUGCAUCUGGUGGCUUGGAGGACACAACUAUUAGAAAAUAUCUUAGAGACAUUGUUGCUGGGCUGAUGUAUCUCCAUACUCAUAACGUUGUGCAUGGUGACAUUAAACCUGAUAACCUUUUGGUUACAGGAAGCGGCGUUGUUAAGAUAGCAGACUUCAGUGUCAGCCAGGUCUUUGAGGAUGAAAAUGAUGAACUUCGGCGAUCUCCUGGGACUCCUGUUUUUACAGCACCGGAAUGUUGUUCAGGUAUAACCUACCAUGGUAGAGCAGCAGACACUUGGGCUCUUGGUGUUACCUUGUACUAUAUGGUGUUCGGAAAAUACCCGUUUAUCGGGGACACGCUGCAAGAAACUUAUGACAAGAUUGUUAACAACCCUAUAACAAUUCCCGACGAGAUUGACUCACAGCUUAAAAAUUUGCUGGAAGGAAUUCUUUGCAAAGACCCGCAAUAUAGAUUUACUUUGAAUGCUAUUGCGGAACAUCCCUGGGUUCUCGGGGAAGAAGGGCCUAUUCCUCAGCAUGUAUGUCGUUGCAAACGUAAUAUUUUCUAGUGGACAACAGAAUUUGACUCACAGAAAACAGAGCAAGGGAGGUUGCUUACUUGAACCCCAAUACUGACCAAACAUUGACACCAUGAGGAUUUUGUAUAGUAGAGGAUAAAGGAUUUUGAUGGGUUAUCAAUGAUGAUAAGGGGAAUAGCAAGCUAUAGAAAUUGCAGAAACGACUUAAUUUGGGAGUUUAUUGAUUGGGUAAAAAAAAAAUCUCAUCUAACUUCUUGCUUAAUGGUUCAGCUAGCUUUUUUCGAGUAUUCUAUGGGGGGCUUUCUUUACUUUUUUUUGUGUGAAAAAUUCCUUGGUCUGGCAAAUUUUUUCUUCGAGAAACUCUCAUGGCAGUUGAUAGUGUCUCGCCCUAACUUUAUUUAUUUAUUUUAUAUAUUUGUUGUGCUUAGUGGUUGUACCAUGAAAUGUCUUUCUUAAAUUAAAAUUAAAAUUUGAUCAUAGUUUAUUGGUUUAAA